ACCGAGCCUUAACUCAUUUCCCCUCUCUCCCUUUCUCUGCAAAUUCACUCACUCUUACCAUUUUCUCCCUCACCGUCCACCCCAAAUCCUUCGGCUAUCUGUAAUUUCCCACUAUUUCGAUCCCAAUUUGGUAAAUUCACCUCACCUCCCCGGCGAUUCCUUCCUCCGGCGGCCAUUUCCAGUUCCGGCGAGUUCGUGUUGUUGGAGAUUAGGGUUAGGGUUAAGGUUUGGAGUUCGAUAUGCCGCGGAGUUCUCGGCACAAAUCUCACAGAGAGAGCAAGCAUAGUUCGAGAGAUUACUCGGAUUCGGAGAAGGAGAAAGAUACGAGUUUGAAGGAUCGGAAGGGGAGGGAGGAUGGUGGCACUAGGGUUUUGAAGGAUUCGGCAUCCGGCGAGAAGCGGAAGCACGCCGCGAAGUCUCCGGAGAGCAAAGAUUUAAACGGGCAAUUUGUGGAGGAGUCCGGUGCGUCGAAGCGGCGGAAAGAUAGGGUUAGCGACGGCGUAAAUGAUCGGUGGACUGGCGGCGAGGAGGAGUCUCAGAAGUCAAAGGAUUCGAAGAGCAGGAGGAGGGAUGAGAGCGGUGGGAAGGUGGAGUCGAAGCACAGAGAUUCGAGUCGAAAGGAGGGGAGAGGAGCUGGACUGGAGAGGGAGAAGAAGGGAAAAGAAGGAAAAAUUGAGACGUUAGGUGAAAAUGUGGUGGAAUUGGAUGGUGUGGAUAGCGAAAGGAGUAGGAAGCAGGGGUCUAAAUCAGGCGGUUUGGAGGAAGAGCGUGUGGCCAGGAAAAUGGCUGAAAAUACUGAGUUGAAUUUACAGGAUGAGUUGCGAAAUCCUGAACCAGAUAAUCAACUAGAGAGACGAAUUAGGAAGAGGAGAGAUGGCUCUGGUGAUUGGGAUAAGCAUCAAGACAAUAUCAGAGACUUUAGUGAUAGACAGUUAUCCUCCAGGGAUGAUACUGCCAUUGAUGGAAGAUACAAGGAUGAGAAGUAUACAGACAAAUACCCAGAAGACUUGGACAGGGACAACAGGCAUAGAGAUGACAAGCAGAGAGAUGAGCGCCUUGUAAGAGAUCGUACUAGCAGGCUGGAUGAUAAGCACUUAAGAGAUGACAAGGAGACUGUAGAAAUUCAACAGAAGAAAUCUGAGCCUCCCGACAGUGACCGUAAUCGAGACCGAAAUAGGGACCGGGAUCAUGAGAAGGAGCGAGAGCGUGACUAUGAUCGAGAUUGGGACAGAGAUCGGGACCGAGACCAUGAUCGUGAUCGAGACCGGGAUCGGGAGCGGGAGCGAGAUCGGGAUCGGGAGAGAGAUCGGGAUCGGGAGCGAGAUCGGGAUCGGGAGCGAGAUCGAGAUAGAGACCGAGAUCGUGAGCGAGAUAGAGACCGGGAUCGGGAGCGAGACCGUGAUCGGGAGCGUGAUAGAGACCGUGACCGGGAUCGGGAUCGGGAACGAGAUCGAGACCAUCAUAGGGACCGGGACCGAGACCUAGACCAGGGACGAGAGCGAGACAGAAACCGAGAUCGGGACCGUGACGGUCAUCGUGACCGUGAUCAUAGUUCACAUCUUGAUGACCGAAGUAGCAAGUACAAAGAUGACAGAGGAAAGAAAAAGUCUCCUGAUGAUUAUGAGGAGCAUAGUAUCACUAAAUCCAGAAGUGCUAAGGGUAACUAUUCUGACAUGGAAAAGAAAUCAUGGAGCAGUAGUAAAGUGGAGUCAGAUGCUGAUAGGGGAAGGUCUCAUUCACGUCCAGCUCAAGUAGAUACUACAGCCCGGAGGGCCUCCCCUGGCUCCAGUUCACAGGUCAUGGAUGAAAACAGGUAUAUAAAACAAGAAGAUAUCAAGUACAAAGAUUUUGUGACAGACCAUGCAACUCCAAUGAGAGAGGUAACUGGUGCUUCUGGGGCACAAGACAGAGUUUCCAAGUACCGAUCCAUCGAGAAACCCUUUAAACUGGAUGACAGCAAUUUGGGUGCCUUACCAGUUGAAAGGUCUUUAAGUUCUAAGGCAUCACCUGUGGGCUUGAUGGAUAGAUCUCCAUCAACAACGAGUAGAUACAUGAAUAGAGCUGGAGUGAGGCGGAGUCUUGACAUUGAAGAAACAGGACAUAGGAGCACAGGUUCUAAUGAUGCAAGGGAGAGUUCUGUUAAUGAGGAUAGAUUAAGUCGGGAUUUAACUUCUGACAAGCUUCUGGCAGAUGAAUCUUCACAAGCAGAUUCACCCGCAUACAAUAGAACCAGUCAGAGCAACCCAUCUUUAAUUCCUCCAUUACUUGCUUUCAGGGGUGGAGUUGAGAGUCCUUUCCUGGAAGAGGGCAGUAGGGUUAACUCAAGCACCCGUUACAAGAGGGGUGGUGAGCCCAAUGUUGUAAGAGGGCACGGAAAUGCUUGGAAGGGUGUCCCAAACUGGUCUUCACCAGUACCAAAUGGUUUCAUUCCUUUUCAACAUGGGCCACCUCAUGCAGGUUUCCAAGCAUUGAUGCCACAGUUUCCUUCACCUAUUUUUGGUGUUAGACCUUCUAUGGAAAUAAAUCAUGCUGGGAUUCCUUAUCAUAUCCCUGAUGCUGAUAGGUUUCCUGCUCAUUUACGCCCACUUGGGUGGCAGAAUAUGGUGGAUGGUCCUGGUAUCUCUCAUUUGCCUGGAUGGGAUGGAAAUAAUGUUGUCUUUAGGGAUGAACCUCAGAUGUAUGGGGGACCUGACUGGGACCAGAAUAGACAUUCCACAAAUGGUCGGGGAUGGGAACUUGGUGCAGAUAUGUGGAAGGGACAAAAUGGUGCUUCACAUCCAGAGCUGUCCUCAACAUCCCAGAAAGAGGAUUAUCCUGUGAAGUCCAUGGCAGAUGAACCACUGGCAGGGCCAGCAUUGCAGAGGUCUCAGAGUGAAAGUAACUAUCAUGGAGUUCUGGCAAAAAGUGUUGAAAUAAAAAGGUCCAGUGACAGCACUCCAGCAAAAGAAACUUCUAGGUCUCUACCUAACACUGUUAAUGAGAAGAUGCCUGAACUGUCUAAAUCAUCAACUGAUGAUGAUGAUGCCACUCAUUUUAGCCUAGCUUAUCUUUCUACACUUGACAUUUCGACAGAACUUGCUCAUACUGAGUUGUAUAAUCAGUGUACAAGCCUAUUGAAUAAGAAAGCAAAUCCAGCUGCCAAUGAAGACAUUUCUAAACAUGUAAAAUUAGAGGAUGGUGUUAGAGCAGGUCCAGCCGCCAAUGAUGACCUUUCUAAACAUGUAAAAUUAGAGGAUGGUGCGAGAGCAGGUCUAAAGCUCAACACCUUGACAACAAGUCCUCUUUUUCCUGCAAUAAAUGACUCUAUUUAUAAGAGAGCCAUGGACCUGUACAAGAAGCAGAGCACAGAAAUAAGAACCAGGCCCAUUGCAGCAGUUUCUGAUCAAGAGAUGGUAGAAACAAAUGUCCCUCUUUCUGAUGAGGUAAAAGCAGAGGAGCCUUUCCCUUCUCCUGACCAAGAAACAUCAAAGGAGAUGAUUCAAACAUUCGCUCAGAAAAAGGCAGAGGAACCUGUAGCAGUUGCUGGUCAUGAGGUACAUGAAGAGCUAGCCCCUGCUCCCAGCCAUGAAGUGCAGUCAGAAGAGGCAGCGGAUGCAGAUGGGCCAAUACCUAUGGUGAUGGAUGAAAUGGCUCAGGAGCCAGAGAAACCAGUGGAUGGGGAUGGAAGCUGCUUCCCAUCUCUUGGAAAUUCAUCUCAAACAGCUCUGGCCACAGCCAUGUCGUCCGAUGAUAAUGAUGUGAAGGGUCUUAGCAAGACUGAUGCCGGUGAUGAUGAUGUGAAGGGUGCCAGCAAAAGCGACGACAACCAUUCUGCAGAUGAUGUUGAUGAAAUGCAGGCUGCUUCGGGUCACGCAACGAGUGUUCCCUCUUUUUGUCCAGAUGGUUCCCCAAAGGCAUGUGAGGCUUUGAUGCCAGAGUCAAAUGAGUCUGAGUCGGUAAUUUUGAGUCGGAUACAUCAUUCUCCUGAAAGUACACAUUGAGACAAUUUCUAUAUCCAUGUUUUCAAGUUAUUCUUGCUCUUUCAUAUUUUUGUUGCCUUUUUCCUCUUAAUAAAAGGGAAUAAAGAAGAUCAUCCCAUUGGGUUCCUGGGUUCGGAAUCUUCA